UACAAACCACCGCUUCUGAAAUUGCUUUCCACUGCAACACCUUCCCAGCUUCAUCCCAUUCCCAUAUUAAGCGUCAGAGUUUGUCUCCCCCCUCUCCUCUCUUUCUCUCUCUAAAACUCUCUCUCUCUCUCUCUCUCUCAAUAUAAACCCAUUCCCACCUUUCAAAAUAAACCCCCUUUAGACACUCUACUAUCUCUGUUCUCUCUGUCUGUCGUUCCUCGUUUCCUACUCUCUCUACUCUGAACUUAAUCAAGCUAGAGAUUGAUACAGAGAAAAAAAAUGCCGUCAGAAUCCGGUGAGCGACGUCCGGCGAGGGUCCAACAAGCGGGCACGCACCCGCCGGAGCCGGAGCACGUGCCGUGCCCGCGAUGCGACUCGACCGACACCAAGUUCUGCUACUACAACAACUACAACCUCUCUCAGCCCCGCCAUUUCUGCAAGUCGUGUCGCCGGUACUGGACCCGCGGUGGGACCCUCCGGAACGUCCCCGUUGGCGGCGGGACCCGCAAGGCCUCCAGCUCCAACAAGCGCUCUCGCACCGCUCCGAAUACCGCCACUUCUUCGUCUUCGUAUUCGAGCAUGACCCACGACCCGAUACCCGCCAACCCGGUUUCAAUGAUUUCCGGGAUGAAACCCGAUAUCGGCUCGCCGUUGUCCGGCGGGAGCUUCACUUCGCUGCUGAGCACUCAGGGGGCUGGGUUCCUGGCUCUGGGCGGGUUCGGGCUUGGGCUCGGAACCGGGUUGAAUGAAAUGGGGUUUGGACUUGGUACCGCGGUUUGGCCCGUUGGGGAAGCCGGUGAAGGGAAUGGCUGUGGCGGCGGAGGCGUCGGCGGCGGUGGUGGUGGGUGUGGCAAUGGGACGUCAUCUGGUUGCAACAACUGGCAGAUUGGUAGUGGUGGUGAAAGUGGGUUGGGGGAUUCGGAUUGCUUUGGUUGGCCGGACCUUGCUAUUUCCACUCAAGGCAAAGGUCUCGAAUAAAUAAUACUUCUACUGCUCCUUUUAGCUUUUUGAGGAAAGAAAAGAAGGGUUUCUUUCUCUUUCCUUUUCAGUUGGUUCUUAGUCAGUUCUUGUUGUUAAUGCUAUUAUUGUCUAUUACAUAUAUAGAUAUAAUAUAUAUAUAAUUAUAUAUAUGAUAUUGGGUUUGAGGGUGUCUUUUGAAUUUAGGGUUUUGUUUAUGUGGUUUGGGUCUAUUUUGGAUGUAUAGGCUGAACAAAGUGGAAAAGAAAGACUGGUCCUCUUUUUUGGAACUUACAGUGAAGUUCUGUGUAGAUGCAUGAAUCUUGUUUUGAUGAUAUUGCAUGAAUAUAUCAUGUUAUUAUUAUUCUUC